AUGGACUUGGCAACAAGAAUCCUUGAUAACCAAGAAUUCGUCGAAAAGUUCCUACACACUUCUCAUAGACUCCUUCUCAGGAACCGCUUGUUAGCAGAAGAUCUCCUUAGCCAGGCGGGUAUUCGUUUUUACGAUGAAGGGAAUGCAGGAUUCUUUGUAUGGCUUGAUCUGAGCGCGCAUCUUGGUAUGGAAGAUGCUCAUGAGGGUGGUUGGACUGCUGAAAAACGUCUUUCGGGGCGUUUGAAAUCCGCAGGUGUCAUUAUGUCCACAGGAGAAGAGUAUCAUGCCCAGGAACCCGGGAGGUUUCGGCUUAUAUUCUGUGUUGACGAAGAUACCUUGAGGGAGGGCAUUCGAAGGUAA